AUGGCGGCGAACGUGGCGGCCGACGACGGCCCGUACCGCACCGUGAAAGCGACGAACCGGAAGAGCGGCAAGGUCACGAGCUUUCGCGUGCGCCGGGAUGCGACGAUGGACGAGAUCUCGCGCAUGUACGCCAAGCACAUGGGGCUCGGACCGGCCGAGAAGCCACGCGACGUCACCGAGCCGGCGGCGCGGGACCUCGCCGCCCAGUACGAGGCCGCGGACCUGCCGAGCUCGCGCACGGCCUACGUGAAGACGUCGGCGACGAGCGGCCCGGCCCUCGUGCUCGUGCACGGCUUCGACAGCUCGGCGCUCGAGUCACGGCGGCUCCUGCCCGAGCUCGAGCGGCGGGGCGUGCGCGGCGAUUUGAAUUAA